CGUUUGCCGCCGCCGCCGCCGCCGCUGCUGCUGCUGCUGCUGCUGGUGGGCGCCGCCGCCGCGCUGCGCAGCGCGGAGCCCAACGGCCGCCCGCGCCCCGGGGCCCUGACCCGCGGGGCGCGCAGCCCUCCCGAGCCGCGGCACGGUGGCGGGGCGGCGGCGGAGGGCAGCCGCUCCAGGAGAGCAUCCUCGUCGGCGGCCCGGGAGCAGGUCUCCCUCAUCAGCACCUCCUUCGUGCUCAAAGGGGACGCGUCUCACAACCAGGCGAUGGUGCACUGGACGGGCGAGAACAGCAGCGUGAUCCUGAUCCUUACCAAGUAUUAUCAUACUGACAUGGGGAAAGUGCUGGAGAGCUCUCUGUGGCGGUCCUCAGAUUUUGGGACGUUAUACACAAAGUUGAAUCUACAGCCUGGGAUUGCCACUGUUAUUGACAAUUUCUACAUUUGUCCCACCAACAAAAAGAAGAUAAUUCUUGUAAGCUCUUCCCAUAAUGACCGUGACCAAAGCCUGUUCAUAAGCACGGAUGAAGGAGCCACUUUCCAGAAACAACCCAUUACUUUCUUUGUGGAAACUCUUAUUUUUCACCCAAAAGAAGAAGAUAAAGUACUUGCUUACACGAAGGAAGCCAAGGUUUAUGUAUCAAUUGAUUUGGGGAAAAAUUGGAACCUUCUGCAGGAACGAGUUUCAAAAGAUCAUAUUUUUUGGGCCAUUGCUGGAGUUGACGGAGACCCUGAUUUAGUUCAUAUGGAAAUCCAGGACCCCAGUGGAGGUUAUUGCUACAUCACUUGCCAGAUUCAAAAUUGCUCUGAUAAGACAAUGAGAGUCCAGUUUGCUGGUGGCACUGAUCGGGAUUCCCUCACUGUGCAGGAUGACUACAUAUUUCUUCAGACAACCCUGGGAAAUCAGACCAAGUAUUAUGUGUCUUAUCGUCGCAGUGGAUUUGUACAGAUGAGGUUGCCAAAAUAUGCGUUGCCAAAAGAUCUACAGAUAAUCAGUACAGAUGAAAACCAGGUGUUUGUGGCAGUUCAGGAGUGGUACCAGACAGACACAUACAACCUGUACCAGUCUGACCCACAAGGUAUUUACUACUCCAUCCUGCUGGAGAAUGUCCGGAGCACAAAGCAGCCAGAAGAGAAUGUCCUGAUAGAUAUUCUGGAGGUCAGAGGUGUAAAAGGAGUCUUUUUGGCCAACCAGAAAAUUGAUGGGAAAGUUACAACUCUGAUAACCUACAACAAAGGCCGUGACUGGGAUUUUCUAAACCCUCCAGACCUUGAUAUGAAUGGGAAACCAACAAACUGCAAACCUCCUGACUGCUACCUUCACCUCCAUCUCCGCUGGGCAGACAAUCCCUACGUGUCAGGAACAGUCCAUACAAAGGACACUGCACCAGGGCUCAUUAUGGGGGCAGGUAACCUGGGGUCUCAGCUGGUUGAGUAUAAGGAAGAAAUGUACAUAACCUCUGACUGUGGGAACACGUGGCGUCAGGUCUUUGAGGAAGAGCAUCACAUCUUGUACCUGGACCAUGGUGGAGUUAUUGUGGCCAUCAAAGACACCUCUAUUCCUCUGAAAAUACUCAAGUUCAGCAUAGAUGAGGGCCAGACUUGGAGCACACAUAAUUUUACCAGCACUUCAGUCUUUGUAGAUGGAUUACUUAGUGAACCUGGAGAUGAGACACUGGUCAUGACAGUCUUUGGACAUAUCAGCUACCGCUCAGAUUGGGAACUGGUGAAGGUGGACUUCCGACCAUCCUUCACCAGGGAAUGCACUGAUGAUGACUAUGAAUCUUGGGAACUCACAAAUCUACAGGGUGAUCGUUGCAUCAUGGGCCAGCAGAGGAGCUUUCGGAAGAGGAAGAUUUCAUCAUGGUGCAUUAAAGGGAGAAGUUUCACAUCAGCUUUUACAUCCAAAGUUUGUGAAUGCGUGAACUCUGAUUUCUUAUGUGAUUAUGGAUUUGAGCGCUCUGCCUCUCUGAAGUCAGAGUCUAGCAAAUGCUUUGCUGAUUUUUGGUUUAACACUGAAGAACCUCCUGAAGACUGUGUGCUGGGGCAGGCAUACACCAGCAGCACUGGGUACAGAAAGGUUGUUUCUAAUGUGUGUGAAGGUGGUGUAGACCUACAGCAGAACUUAGCACAGCAUAUGUGUCCAUUGAUUGCUCCCAAAGGACUUCAGAUCAGCAUCAGAGAAGAAAGUCUGGCUGUUAAGCCUGGGGAAGACAUCACCUUCAUUGUCAGACAAGAGCAGGGUGAUUUAUUGAAUACCAAAUACCAGGUGGAUCUUGGAGAUGGCUUUAAGGCAAUAUAUGUGAACCUCACGAUGACUGGAGAACCCAUCCGUCACCGCUAUGAGAAUCCGGGGAUUUACCGUGUCUCAGUGAAGGCAGAAAAUGUGGCUGGGCAUGAUGAGGCUGUGGUGUUCCUCCAAGUCAACUCUCCACUGCAGGCUUUAAAUUUAGAAGUGGUUCCAGUUGUUGGGAGAAACCAGGAAGUGAAUCUGACAGCCAUCAUACUGCCUAAGAAUUCUAAUUUGACAGUCUUCUACUGGUGGAUAGGAAAAAAUCUUCAGCCACUGCUUACAUUGGACAAUUUUCUGGUGACAAAGUUUGCUGAGACAGGUCACGUCAGAGUCACGGUGCAGGCUUCCUGUGGGAGCUCCAUGCUUCAGGACUCAAAAGUUGUCCAAGUUUUUGAUCAUUUUCAUGUUCUUCCUCUGAAGUUCACUAAGCACCUGGAUAUGUACAACCCUGACAUACCGGAGUGGAGGGAAGAUAUAGGGCGGGUAGUGACACGACUUCUUGCAAAGGAAACCAAUAUAUCUGAAGAAACACUCUUGACAGUCGUGAAGCCUGGUCUGCCCACAACUGCUGACUUGCAUGUGCUACUACCAGAAAACCAACCAAAACGGAAAAGAAGUGUAACUAGUGAUAAGAUGAGAACCCUGAAGCUCUUCAUCCUGUUUUACUGGAAGGUGUUUUACCAUGCUGCUAGUGCCAGUUCUCAAAGUCAGUGUUGUGACACUCUGUGA